GCGACGGUUGCGACGGUUGGGUUUUGAAGGAGCCAAUGAGUGCUCAGAGCGGAGAGUUUAAGAAGCGGAGGCCGGCACCGCAAAGACCGGUCUGGGAUCGGAAUCUAGUCGGAGCUGGAGGGCUCCGCGGGCAUCCACUCCAAGGACCCCUCCUCCUGCAGACGCUCCCAUGGCGCAGUUCGUGUUCGAGAGUGACCUGCACUCGUUGCUGCAGCUGGAUGCACCCAUCCCCAAUGCACCCCCUGCGCGCUGGCAGCGCAAAGCUAAGGAAGCUGCGGGACCGGCCCCCUCACCCAUGCGGGCCGCCAACCGAUCCCACAGCGCAGGCAGGACCCCAAGCCGAACACCCGGCAAAUCUAGCUCCAAGGCACAGACCACUCCCAGCAAACCUGGUGGUGACCGCUAUAUCCCCCAUCGCAGCGCUUCCCAGAUGGAAGUGGCCAGUUUCCUCCUAAGCAAGGAGAACCAGCCUGAAAAUAGCCAGACGCCCACCAAGAAGGAACAUCAGAAAGCCUGGGCUUUGAAUCUGAACGGCUUUGAUGUGGAGGAAGCCAAGAUCCUUCGGCUCAGUGGAAAACCACAAAAUGCCCCAGAGGGUUACCAGAACAGACUGAAAGUGCUUUAUAGCCAGAAGGCCACUCCUGGCUCCAGCCGGAAGACCUGCCGUUACAUUCCUUCCCUACCAGACCGUAUCUUGGACGCCCCUGAAAUCCGGAAUGACUACUACCUGAACCUUGUGGACUGGAGCUCUGGGAAUGUACUGGCUGUGGCGUUGGACAACAGUGUGUACUUGUGGAGUGCUAGCUCUGGUGACAUCCUGCAGCUGCUGCAAAUGGAGCAGCCUGGGGACUAUAUAUCUUCUGUGGCCUGGAUAAAAGAGGGCAACUACCUAGCUGUGGGCACCAGCAGUGCCGAGGUGCAGCUAUGGGAUGUGCAGCAGCAGAAGCGGCUUCGAAACAUGACCAGUCAUUCGGCUCGAGUAGGCUCCCUAUGCUGGAACAGCUAUAUCCUGUCCAGUGGCUCACGUUCUGGCCAUAUCCACCACCAUGAUGUUCGGGUAGCAGAACACCAUGUGGCCACACUGACUGGCCACAGCCAGGAGGUGUGUGGGCUGCGCUGGGCCCCAGAUGGACGACAUUUGGCCAGUGGUGGCAACGAUAACUUGGUCAAUGUGUGGCCUAGUGCUCCUGGAGAGGGUGGCUGGGUUCCCCUGCAGACAUUCACCCAGCAUCAAGGGGCUGUCAAGGCUGUAGCCUGGUGUCCCUGGCAGUCCAACGUCCUGGCAACUGGAGGGGGUACCAGUGACCGACACAUUCGCAUCUGGAACGUCUGCUCUGGGGCCUGUCUGAGUGCUGUGGAUGCCCAAUCCCAGGUGUGCUCCAUCCUCUGGUCUCCCCACUACAAGGAGCUCAUCUCGGGCCACGGCUUUGCCCAGAACCAGUUGGUUAUUUGGAAAUACCCAACCAUGGCCAAGGUGGCUGAGCUUAAAGGUCACACUGCCCGGGUCCUAAGUCUGACCAUGAGCCCAGACGGGGCCACGGUGGCAUCGGCAGCAGCAGAUGAGACCCUGAGGCUGUGGCGCUGCUUUGAGUUGGACCCUGCGCGGCGGCGGGAGCGGGAGAAAGCCAGUGCAGCCAAAAGCAGCCUCAUUCACCAAGGCAUCCGUUGAGGACCAACUCAUCACCUCAGUUUUUUGUUUUUGUUUUUUAUUUUUCUAAUAAAGUCAUGUCUCUCUCUCUUC